GCAACGAGGGGACACGGAAGAAUCUUCUUCGCGUUGAGCCGCCGCAGACCCUCCCUUUCCCCUCGCGCAGGCGAUCCCUCAUAUCCCCUCCCCCCCCUCUCUCUGUCCCCUCGAGAUCGAAUCCGCCCAACCGCUGAUCGAUCGACGAUGACGCUGGGCAGCUCCGGCGCCGGAUCGAGCGUUGUCGUUCCUAGGAACUUCAGGCUGCUAGAAGAGCUUGAGCGUGGGGAGAAGGGCAUUGGAGAUGGAACAGUCAGCUAUGGAAUGGAUGAUGCAGAUGACAUAUACAUGCGGUCAUGGACUGGCACCAUUAUUGGUCCACACAAUACUGUCCAUGAGGGUCGCAUCUACCAGCUGAAGCUGUUCUGUGACAAGGACUACCCCGAGAAGGCACCAUCUGUUAGAUUUCAUUCGAGAAUCAACAUGACAUGUGUUAAUCACGAGACUGGAGCGGUUGACCCGAAGAAGUUCGGUGUGCUAGCAAACUGGCAGCGCGAUUACACAAUGGAACAUGUCUUAAGCCAGCUGAAGAAAGAUAUGUCAGCCCAGCAGAACCGCAAGUUGGUGCAGCCCCCUGAAGGGACGUUCUUCUAGCCAAGUGCUCUCUGGCCCAUCUCCAGUUUCAACAGCAGCGAUCUAUAUCAUCCCGUGGGACUUAAAUUCUAGAGUCAGCAUCUGAUGCCUGCAGAUCUUUUCCCAGUUUUAUGUGCAAUUCCCUUGCUAUCUGUGAAAAUUGUGAUCGGCCGACUGCGUUUCUUGCAAUCGGACUGCUGUUGGCCGUUAUGGAGAUGGAUUGAAACAUGUGCUAGUUUGGCAUUAAGGUGUGUAACCCAAGAAACUACCUUCGUCAAGGAAAUAUAAUAUGUGUGUGCUGAAGUAUGAUCUUAUUCUUUUUCCGUGAA